GAAGGCACCAUGAGGAUCCUUCUCCUCGUCCUCGCAGCUGCAGGGCUUUGCUGGGGGCAGUACAACCCCAACACUGUCCCAAAGAGAACCUCUAUAGUGCAUCUCUUUGAAUGGCGCUGGCAGGACAUUGCUGAGGAGUGUGAACGCUACUUAGCUCCUAAUGGAUUUGGGGGAGUUCAGGUUUCACCUCCAAAUGAAAAUCUUGUCAUUACUAGCCCAAACAGACCCUGGUGGGAAAGAUACCAGCCCAUUAGCUACAAGAUCUGCUCUCGAUCAGGAAAUGAAGAGCAAUUCAAAGACAUGGUGAAGAGAUGCAACGAUGUUGGAGUUCGUAUCUAUGUGGAUGCUGUCGUCAACCAUAUGUGUGGAGCUGCAGGUGGCUCAGGCACACAUUCUACCUGUGGAAGCUAUUUUAAUGCUGGAAACAGAGAUUUUCCAGCUGUGCCAUACUCUGGCUGGGAUUUCAAUGAUGGCAAAUGUCACACUGGAAGUGGAGAAAUUGAAAGUUAUAAUGACAUCUAUCAGGUCCGGGACUGCCGCUUGAGCAGCCUUCUGGAUCUGGCCCUGGAGAAGGACUAUGUGCGCUCAACGAUUGCAGAGUACAUGAACCGUCUCAUUGACAUGGGUGUAGCAGGAUUCCGAAUUGAUGCUGCCAAGCACAUGUGGCCUGGGGACAUAAGAGCAUUUCUUGACAAGCUGCAUAAUUUAAACACUCAGUGGUUUUCUGAAGGAACUAAACCUUUCAUUUAUCAGGAGGUGAUUGACUUGGGUGGAGAGCCCAUCAAAGGCAGCGAGUACUUUGGAAAUGGCCGAGUGACAGAAUUCAAGUACGGUGCCAAACUGGGGACAGUGAUCCGCAAGUGGAACGGAGAAAAGAUGGCCUACUUAAAGAACUGGGGAGAAGGCUGGGGCUUUGUGCCUUCUGACAGAGCCCUGGUCUUUGUGGAUAAUCAUGACAACCAGAGAGGACACGGGGCUGGUGGAGCUUCUAUUCUGACCUUCUGGGAUGCCAGGCUCUAUAAAAUGGCAGUUGGUUUCAUGCUUGCCCAUCCAUAUGGCGUCACACGUGUCAUGUCAAGUUUCCGUUGGCCAAGAUAUUUUGAAAAUGGAAAGGACGUCAAUGACUGGGUUGGGCCCCCAAGUAACUCAGACGGCUCCACAAAGUCCGUUACAAUCAAUCCAGACACGACCUGUGGCAACGACUGGGUUUGUGAACAUCGCUGGCGUCAGAUCAGGAACAUGGUUAUCUUCCGUAACGUGGUGGAUGGUGAGCCUUUCUCCAACUGGUGGGACAAUGGCAGCAAUCAAGUGGCUUUUGGCCGUGGUAAUAAAGGCUUCAUCAUCUUCAACAAUGACGACUGGAAUAUGAAUGUCUAUGUUCAAACUGGACUGCCUGCUGGUACCUACUGUGAUGUUAUAUCUGGACAAAAGGAGAACAACCGAUGUACUGGAAAGCAGGUGUUUGUUUCUGGUGAUGGAAUGGCUAAUUUCCAGAUUAAUACUGAUGCUGAAGAUCCAUUUAUUGCAAUUCAUGUUGAUGCCAAGUUAUAAUUUGGGAGAAACAGCCUCCUCUGUUUGAUCUGUGUAUUACUGUUUCCCCCAUAUGUUAUUCCCUGCUUUUUGAGCAUGAGUGACUCUCUAUUGAAUAAUAAAUGGCAUUCAAAUUGAA